CAGAGUGAUUUCCCCUUCAAUACAAUGGAGACAAGCAUGCCAAACCUUUUGGCCACUGGAUUCCUCCUUCAAACUUUCGCUGCUUCAAACCUUUUCUAUCGAUCUUAUCACUGUACUGAACCAAUCAUUCACUCAUCGAAUUCACCCCUUAUUCAGCUCUCGUUAUGGACAAGUAGGGACGAAAUAUUCAUCAAGGAAUUUUCACAGAUUUGAUCGGCAUUUGUUUGCUUCGUUAAUUUUUUACCUUUAACCAUCGAUCGCUAACAAAGUUAUUCUAAACACACAAACACACAUAUAUAUGCGUACAUAAAUAUAAAUAUAGAUGUACAAUGUCCGUAUCUGCUUUACAUUAUACCACAUAAACACACGUAUUGCAUCAUAUAAGCCUCUGUGGUUUUGAUUUACUUACGAAAGACUUUCAUUCGACCGAAAGUAAAUUCCCCAUCAAACUCAAAAUUACACAUUUUAUCCAAAAAAAACAAAAAAUCUCAGCUAAUAAUUUAUAAAUAUCGUCGAAUUUAUGUUAAUUCUCGACUGAUUUGCAUUUGUCAUUAUUUCUCGUUUGUAUUUUAUUAUUAUUUUAUUUUUUAAAUUCAAAGACAGACUCAGAAUACAUUUAUAUAUGUGUAUGAAUACACACACAAAUAUAUUUUUGUUUAAAAUUUAGCUACAAUGUCUUUACGAUGUGUCACCCCUACCGUGACCCUCACUCUACGAUGUCUCUGUGAUUUUCAGCUGUUUUUUCAUUCUGCCGGUGUAAACCGUUGGACUCGAACUUUCUCCUCUGUUGGACGUCUUUCCCUGUUAACACCUUGCCAAAAUGCCACUCGUCCGGUUGUUGAUUGCAAAAAGACACCUGAUAUUCAUGGUGUUAUGAAGAUUUGUGGCAGCUGUUAUCACAACUCUACCUCAGACAAGCGGAACAACAAUAUUGCGAAGGUCAAAAGCUCUGCAAUAUCGAAGCUUCGAAAAGACUGGAUGCCCUGCGGUAAAUACCAGGUGCAUGCUUGGUCCCUCUCGGGCCUGGAGACAAGUGUCGUGGUGCAGACGGUCGAAGACAAAAGUUUGUCGGUUGCCUUUGACAUCGGUUACGCCACCCGAGCGAGUGUUCGCUGUAAACAUGUUUUCAUAAGCCAUGGACAUUUAGACCAUGUGUCAGGACUGUUCCAGCAUGCAACUAAAAGGAAUUUGUACAACUGGACACCGGCCACCUACUACGUCCCUCCACACCUUGUUGUACCCUUGAAAGAGAUUGGAGAACAGAUGUAUUCUUUGUCCAACACACCACCUGUUCUGAAACAGCUGGACAUUCAACCAAUUGAGCAAGGCAAUAGUGUACAGAUAUCUUCUCAAUAUAUAGUCCGUCCAUUUGCCACGUACCACCGAGUGCUGAGCCAGGGUUACCUGGUUUAUCAUCGGACUCUGACGCCAAAGCCUCAUUUCAGACAUCUGAGCUCAAAACAAUUAACUGCUCUGGAAGCAGAGAAUAAGAAUCUGUCUCUUUAUGAUGUCCACUAUGUCCCCGAGGUGGCUUUUACAGGUGACACAACAUUUGAAGUGUUCCUGAUGAACCCACCACCUGACCUCUUGAAGGUCAAGUUGUUGAUAAUGGAAGCCACUUAUUUGGAAGGUUUCACCCCUGGCAUCAUCAGCAAAGCAAGACAACGUGGCCACACCCAUUUGUCAGAGAUCAUUGAACAUGCUUCCUUAUUCGACGACAUCAACCAUUUGCUCCUCAUCCACAUGUCUGACAAAUAUUCCGUUCAGUUUGCUACCGAUGCGGUCCAAUACCAGUUGCCUGGCAAAUUGAAGGAAAAAGUGCAAAUUGCAACAUUGGCAAAACAAAAGUUGUAACCCUAA